AUGGCGUGGCCAACGAGGAUUCCUGUCAUUCAUAUAUUUGUCAUAUUGUUUUCAUCUAUUAAUCUAACACUAGCCAGACAAUAUGUCGACCCAAUGCAACAUGAUUUGCAAGUUGUAAAUUCAAAAACAUUCACAACGAACGUACAAUUGGCUCGCCAAACAAAUGUAGUAGGAGCGUUUUUCUAUUCAACAGGAGAUACCAACCUCACCUCAACGAUAAAUGAGUUGAACUCAGUAGCAAAAGAUCUCAAAGGGAUGAUUACAAUCGUCGCAGUUAACUGUACAGACCAGUCACUUAAGAACCUAUGUAAAAGUGAACUUGGAGAAGAGUAUUUGACGCCAGCGUUCAAGAUCUAUCCAAAGUUACCUAUGCCAGCAUUUGAUUUCAAGAAAGAAUUGUUGAAAGAAGAUGUGAAGAAGGAACUUUUAAAGCACCUCCCAUCAAAUGUGGAGAGGGUGGAGGUUGGAAUGUUGGCUCAUUUCAUGACAAAGCACGAAUUGAUGCCAAAGGUGCUGUUAUUUUCUGACAAGGAGCAUCCUUCGUAUGUCUACAAGGCACUUAGCAACGCUUUCAACAAAAAACUGUUACUGGGAUUCGUUGACGCGAACAAACACCCGGAUCUAAAGAAGGAAUACGGUGUUAAGAGCCUGCCAACAAUGUUGGUAAUUAAACCAAAUGGAAAGCCGCAAAAGUAUAAAGGAGAGUUCAAGUACCUUCCAAUGUUCGAGUGGCUAAAUGUAAACGCAGAAGCGUUCCUACUUGGAGGAGGGUAUUCUGAUAAAGGAGAUCCAGCAAAAGCAAAACCAUGGAAAUUUGAUAAGGUACCAAAGUUGAAUUUCUUCUCCCAUAAAGAUAUCUGUUUUAAUAAAACUCAGGGACUGUGCAUCAUUUAUCUUACUGAUUCUGAUUUGAAACCAGAAGAGAAGGAAAUGCUGGUCCAUUUAAGCGAAAAGUACACUGGACAAAUUACGGGAAAGUGGAUGUGGAUGAACCUGAAUGAAGAGACCGAGUUUGCACAACUGUUCGAAAAUGUAAAGGUAUUGCCAUCAGCAGUGGUAUUUAACCCGAAGAAGAGACUGAGGUACUUCUUACAUGACGGAAAUACGUCAGUAACAAAAAGCUCAAUGGAAAGAAUGUUGGAAAAAAUACUAGGGGGAGAUGCUAGAUUCACACUAGUAAACGGAGAACUCCCCAAAUUCAAGAUAGACGACCUUUUAACCACAGAAGAAUUGUAA